CAACAACGAAAUAUCACAAUUGUCGACAGCUUAACCGUCCACGGCCUCACUAAAGCUUCUAGCUAACCAUUCUGAUCACGAAUAACUAUCUUUCGAAGUCUCCCCAAUGGACUCGAACAGGGCACCCGUUGAAGAUGAAAGGACGCCACCACAGAUAGCCAUCGCUUGUGCUUUUGCUUCUGCUUUGGCUCUUGCGAAUGCUCCCCACUCUCGAAUACCUCGGAAAUAUCGUACUCCACCAACCAUACCUCAAGAUUCGAAGCUUCUCACGCCUCCUCCUACUGCCUCCAGGCCCAUAGCAUUGCUCGUAGCUGCGGAUUCUACGAAAGCCAGCUUCGCCGACCUGCCGCCAGAGAUUCGCAACGAGAUCUACUCCUACGUCGCGGCAUCGUUCCCAUACUCAAUAACAUUCACCGGUCCACACCGCAAGCGAACACCUUUCUAUGACAUACACCCUCAAAUUAGACAUGAAUUCGGCUCGCUGUUCUUUGCAAUACCCCGCACCUAUGUAUUCAGCGGAUAUGCCUACAAUUCCCUAAGAAUGAACAGGGCUGGUGCGUUGCGCGAAAGGUCCUUGGCAAUCCGCAGGGCUGAUGCGUUCUUCGAAAGUGCAGCUUUCAGACGCGUCAUGGCCACAAAAACAUCGAAGAUUGAGCUAGUACUCAAUUUCUCGGGGAGAGGCCACGGAAAGCUCACCAACGACCAAGCGGUAAAAUUGGCCGCCAAGAUAACACGCCUUGCCAACGACUGGAUGUCCACGCAGUACGCACGGCUGGAAGGAGGCGCUGGCACUACUCAAGAUUCUAGAAAUGCACUUAAAGAGUUGUACAAGAAGAUGGCUUUAUUAUGUAACACCCCAAAAGACAACUUCGACAUUAUCGGAAACCUACUAUGUGCAGCACUCCCAAGAAUGGUUUCUGAAUGUCUGUUCCGUCCAGAUAAAAUAUACCUCGACAUUGCGAUCGUAUUCAAGGAGAUAAUGCUGUAUGGGGUUACGGUGCAGGGCCGCUCUGAACGGGAAAAGUGAUUCGCAAGAAAGGUUAGUGGGCAACUGGAGGUGUGCGGUCCUUGAAGUGGGAUAUUCCUAUUCCUCCACUGCUACUUGAAGUACUCCAAUAUUUAUUAAUUUGUUUUGCUUCCAACGUUGAAUGCAGUCAUUAUCAAGGCAGUUUUCAACGGGAUGCUCGUAACCGAUUGGCCAUCUAGCCUGGCCGCCCCCAUAGACAUCUAUUAUCAAGCGUGCCAUCGACAGAAAAGUCUUCAGUUAGUCUUCUUGGAUGCAAUAUGAUACACGUGCGAACGGUAUGCAAUAUCAUGCAUGAUGGAACCCUCGCCAACUCUAAACGGAUCCGUGGCUCACGUGGGCUAGACUUCACCAU